AUGCUUCAUAAAAUCGUUGUGAACGCCUACAAUUUUUGGCUCGUGGUCUUCGUGUCCAUUGGCACCAUUGCAAGUGCUUACGGUCUGGCCAUUAUUGGAUCCACCGUCGGGCAGCCCAAUUUCUACGCAUACUUCAACUUGCCUACACAGGGCGAGUCAGGAUAUGAGCACACCACCAACACGAUCGGCGCCCUCAAUGGUAUAAACUCGGCCGGGGCAAUCCUAGGAUGCCUGGGACAGGCCUGGACAGCAGACUUUUUUGGUCGCAAGCGGACCAUGCAAUUCGGAUGCGCUAUCUUGAUAAUUGGUGGCGCACUAUGUGCAGGCGCGGUAAACAUGGACAUGUUCCUUGCAGGUCGCUUUAUCGCGGGCAUGGGAGCUGCCACCCUGGCUUGCAUUGUGCCGAUUUACCAGGCUGAGGUCUCGACAGCUGAGACUCGCGGUGCAAUGGUCUGCGUUACUGGUAUUAUGUACGCCGUCGGAUAUAGCUUGGCAGGCUGGCUUGGAUUCGCCUGUUAUUACAUGAAAGCGACCAGCCCGUACGCAGCUUUCGCCUGGCGGUUCCCACUGGCCUUCCAAAUCACCUUUCCUCUAGUUGUCCUUGCGGGAAGUUCAUUCAUUCCCUUCUCUCCUCGCUGGUUAUUACAACAAGGACGGCGAGACGAGGCUUUUGAGAUUGUCCGUCGCUUGCACAAAGUGCCGGACGAUCCCAACGACACGAGAGCCAAACAAGAAUUCCUUUUGAUGGAGAGGCAGUUUGAGCACGAUCGUUCGAUGGUUAUCCGUCGGUUUGAGAUUUUUCGAACUCCUGCCAACCGCCGAAGGGCCCUUACGGCCUUUUUACUCAUGGCUGGCGACCAAUUCCUGGGCAUUUAUGUUAUUGCCAACUACGGUGUCAUUAUCUAUGGCUACCUUGGUUUCACCGGCGGAAUCCCGCUACUCCUCAAUGCUUGCUGGACUACUUUUACCCUAAUCGGCAACACCUGGACUGCAUUUUACCUGGAUCGUGUGGGCCGUCGGACUUGUUUGCUUCUUGGGUCGAUUGGCUGCACUGCAUCCGCAAUUUUCCUUUGUGCUCUGUCAGCAGAAUACUUAGGCACAAAUGUGAAGUCAGGAUUGCAAGCAGCAGUUUUCUUUACAUUCUUCUACAUCUUCUGGUGGUGCUUUUUCAUGGAUGCGACGCAGUAUGUCUACGUGACAGAAAUCUUUCCGAAUCAUCUGCGGUCCCAGGGAGUGGCUAUCGGUCUCAGCACUUUCUAUCUCACUUCUGAAGUCACACUAGUUGCUGCACCAGUGGCACUGAAUACAAUCGGAUGGAAGUUUUAUCUGGUUUUAAUUAUCCCUUCCGUCUUCUAUAUCGCGGCCAUCUAUUUCCUCUUCCCAGAAACCAAGGGCCGCACCUUGGAGGAGAUUGGUGCUCUUUUUGGCGAUGCAGAGAAUGUCGCGUCCCGUUGGUACAAUACCACUGAGGAGGAACGUGAGAAGAUUGCGCGUGAGGCAUUGUCCGAGGCCACGGAUAGUAGUCAUGACAAGGAGCAUAAACCAGCUGCGGUUCAUGCCGAGUCGCUCUGA